AUGGGCUCUCCGUCAGCCACCCCGAGGGUGCUCUACCGCAGCACCCGCCUGCUCCGCACGGCCUUCCAGCACCUCCACCAGCAGCAGCAGCGAGCGGAUGUCUUCUGUGAUGUGGUCCUGCAGGCUGAAGGCGAGGCAGUGGUGGCCCACUGCUGCGUCCUCUCUGUCUGCAGCCCCUUCUUCAUGGAGCAGCUGGGCCGGGAGCUGCCCCCCAAGGGUCGCAGGGUGGUGCUGGAGCUGGGGGGGCUGAAGAUUGGGGUGCUACGCAAGCUGGUGCGCUUCCUCUACACCGCCGAGCUGGAGGCCACGCGGGAGGAGGUGCAGGAGGUGCUGGCAGCUGCCCGCCGCCUCCGCGUCACCGAGCUUGAGUCGCUGCAGCUCCGGGGGGGACGCCUGGUGAGGCCGGGACACCAGCGGCAGCUCGACCGCUCCUGCCUGCACCCUCCCCGGCACGGCUCCCCCACAGCGGGCUGUAGGCAGGCGGUGCCGCCGGGGGACCCCCCAGGUGACCCCGAGGAGGAGGAGGUGGAUGUGGGGACGGUGGAGCCAUGCUUGCCCCCUGGCACCGUCUGCGUCUGGCCCUGCCCCUCGUCCGAGUCGGAUGAGGAGGUGGACGUCCUCACCUAG